AUGGUUGAAGAGGUGCCAGGGUCGGAGGGAUCGACAAUGGACGGCUCGUCCGACUCGGGCAGAAUUUUGGCUGAUCCGUCCCCACCUCCAAAAUCGCAGGACUGGGGAGACUGGACCCUGGAGUCAAUCCAAGAACUUCGGCGUCGAGAUGCCCCUUUCGAUGUUAUAUCCUCAUCUUCAUCCUCAAACUCAGUUACCGAGAAAACCCAGACGGUGACGCGCACGGUGGCUUCCACAACAUCAUCGUCGUCAAGCGGCAUCGUGACCGCCGCCCCUACCGAUGCCUCCGCUCCCCUUCCAAUACCUUUCGAUAGUGGGUUCAACUCGAAUCUUACUGCCAACUGUGCGUCGUUCAUGAAUACCAUGCUCGCAAAUGCCACCUUUCGACAAUGCCUUCCAAUAUCCCUUCUACUCCAAAACUCACAAUCCUUCUUCCAAGCCGAAACAUCCAUCGUUCGCAUAACUCGAACUCUCGACGCGACCUGCGCUGCCGAUGUCUCCCUUUGCGGUAAAAUAAUGGAUUCUUUGGGCCGCAACAUUACUACCGAUGACGCCUGCGCCUCUGAUAUAGCAAACCUAAAUCCCCUAAUUCUACAAGCGCGCCUCGGUCUCCUGGCCUACAAACCACUCUACACGGCAUCAUGCCUGAAGAACCCCGUUGCGAAAUCCUACUGCUUCGCAGACGCCAUCACCAAUUCAAGCAACCCAAGCGAUAACUAUCUUUAUUAUCUUCCGUUGAAUGUCAGUCUACCAAGCGGAAGCCAACCGACCUGCAAUACCUGUCUGCACAAUACAAUGGCCGUUUUCGAGGCCGCAACCUCUGACCGGAGUAGUGCCAUUGCAAACAAUUUUGUCGAUGCUGCCAUGCAGAUCAAUGUGAAGUGCGGGCCCAAUUUUGUCAAUGCCAGUCUUGCUGCCCCAAUAACAUCUGAUGCCCAAUCAUUGGCGCUGAUGAGCGGCGGUAUGCCAUUGAUAAUGCUGGGUCUGGCAGUUGCGAGCUGGCUGUUUUAA